UUCUUUUCGCUACCUAAUUUUUCCCAUCACUAUUUAAAAAAGGGGUGUUUUGGGGAGGGUCGGGUUAAAAGGGGUCUGAAGUCCCCAAACCCCAGGUCUAAAGCCGGACCUCUGGAUAUUAUGCCUGCUUUCCCCCUCCAACCUCUCCGAGUGGUUUGCCUCCGCAAGGUAUCUCCUUCUGCCCUGCCCUCCUUCAUCCAAUGACACCUAGAUAUUCUCCUGAACACACACCUUUUUAGGAUCUGCCCAGGACAGCAGCAACAUGGCAGCCAAGUUCCUAGGGGCGCCCUGCUCUUUCCGGGCCUUGCCCUUCCUUUUUGGGGUGGCAGCCCUCCUGGGACUGUUGCCCGUGUUGCACAGCAGCGGGUCGCAGCCUAACCCGGUGAUUGUGACCCCGCCGGCCCACGCCUCCAAGGCCCUCAUCGCUGCCAUGGAGAGCAUCACCGUCGCCCCGCCGCCGGUCCCCCAAGACACCCAGCCGGGGGCCACGCACCCCCAGAACACGACCACCACCAAACACAGCAAGCCGCGCAAGCCGUUCCCCGUCGUGGGCAUCGAGUACAAGCACGUCCGCAUCCCCUUUGAGAUCGCCCUGUGGAUCCUGCUGGCCUGCCUCAUGAAGCUGGGUUUCCAUGUGAUUCCCACCAUCUCCAGCAUUGUCCCGGAGAGCUGCUUGCUCAUCGUCGUGGGGCUGCUGGUUGGGGGGCUAAUCAAGGCCGUGGGGGAGGACCCCCCGAUCCUGAAUUCGGACGUCUUCUUCCUCUUCCUUCUCCCGCCCAUUAUCUUGGACGCUGGCUAUUUCCUGCCUUUGCGCCAGUUCACAGAGAACCUGGGCACCAUCUUGAUCUUUGCAGUGGUGGGCACCCUCUGGAACGCUUUCUUUGUGGGCUCCCUGCUGUAUGGCGUGUGCCAGAUCGGAGGCACGGGCUUGACCGACAUCGGCCUCUUGGCCAACCUGAUUUUUGGCAGCAUUAUCUCAGCGGUGGAUCCCGUUGCGGUGCUGGCCGUGUUCGAGGAGAUCCACAUCAACGAGCUGCUGCACAUAUUGGUGUUUGGAGAGUCUUUGCUGAAUGAUGCCGUCACUGUGGUUCUCUACCACCUUUUCGACGAGUUUGCCAAAUUUGACCAAAUCACCGUAACAGACAUUAUCCUGGGGUUCCUGAGCUUCUUUGUGGUCUCCCUGGGGGGCGUCUUUAUCGGCGUUGUCUAUGGAGUCAUUGGGGCCUUCACCUCCCGCUUCACAUCCCACAUCCGCGUCAUCGAGCCCCUCUUCGUUUUCCUCUACAGCUACAUGGCUUAUCUGUCGGCGGAGCUCUUCCAUCUUUCAGGCAUCAUGUCGCUCAUUGCUGCCGGGGUGGUGAUGCGCCCGUAUGUGGAGGCCAACAUCUCUCACAAAUCCCACACAACCAUCAAAUAUUUCCUGAAGAUGUGGAGCAGCGUCAGCGAGACGCUCAUCUUUAUUUUCCUUGGUGUCUCCACUGUCGCUGGGAAACAUCACUGGAACUGGACGUUUGUCAUCGGCACCCUGAUUUUCUGCUUGAUCGCCCGGGUUUUAGGUGUCCUGGGGCUGACCUGGUUCAUCAACAAAUUCCGCAUCGUGAAGUUGACCCCGAAGGACCAGUUCAUCAUUGCCUAUGGCGGCCUGAGAGGAGCCAUCGCCUUCUCCCUGGGCUACCUUCUCGAAUACGAGCAUUUCCCCAUGAGGGAGAUGUUUCUCACGGCCAUCAUUACGGUCAUCUUCUUCACAGUCUUUGUGCAGGGCAUGACCAUCCGUCCUUUGGUGGACCUUCUGGCCGUGAAAAAAAAGCAAGAGACCAAGCGGUCCAUCAAUGAGGAAAUCCACACUCAGUUCUUGGAUCACCUUCUAACUGGGAUUGAAGAUAUAUGUGGCCACUAUGGUCACCAUCACUGGAAAGACAAGUUGAACCGCUUCAAUAAGAAGUACGUGAAGAAGUGCCUCAUUGCCGGGGAAAGAUCAAAAGAGCCCCAACUAAUUGCCUUUUAUCACAAGAUGGAGAUGAAACAAGCCAUAGAGUUGGUGGAAAGUGGGGGAAUGGGCAAGAUUCCCUCUGCUGUCUCCACAGUCUCCAUGCAGAAUAUCAGCCCCAAAACCUUGCCUGUGGAGCGCAUCUUGCCAGCUCUCUCGAAGGACAAGGAGGAAGAGAUCAGGAAGAUCCUGCGCACCAAUUUGCAAAAAACUAGGCAGAGGUUACGGUCAUAUAACCGGCACACCUUGGUGGCGGAUCCUUAUGAGGAAGCCUGGAACCAGAUGUUGCUGAGGAGGCAGAAGGCACGGCAGCUGGAGCAGAAGAUCAACAACUAUCUGACGGUACCAGCACACAAAAUAGACUCGCCGACCAUGUCCAGGGCGCGCAUUGGCUCAGACCCUCUUGCUUAUGACCCCAAGCCGGGUUCAGAGAACCUCCCCAUCAUCACCAUCGACCCGGCCUCCCCGCAGUCUCCGGAGUCUGUCGACCUGGUGAAUGAAGCGCUGAAGGGGAUGAACCGCCUCCCGCCAUCCCCGGAGGAGGACGAAGACGAGACCGGGCUGGUGAUGAGAGCCAAGGAGCCUUCCUCUCCGGGCACUGACGAUGUCUUCACGCCCGGGACUGGGGACAGCCCCAGCAACCAGCGGAUCAUGCGGUGCCUGAGUGACCCUGGGCCAAGGCCCGAUCCUGAGGAGGGGGAGCCCUUCAUCCCCAAAGGGCAGUGAGCCCCGAAAUGCACUACUAGAUGGGACUUGUAGGGGGAGGUUCCUGCACGUUCACACAAACACAGACAACUCUCUCGUACAUAUCCAUCACAGACUCUUUCCUCUUCUCUCUUGCUUUCUCUUCUCUCACUCAGUGUCUCUCCAUCGAUCAUUCUCUCUCUGCUUCUGGGUUGUGGGGGGGUUUUUGGCUUUCAUUUUGGAAGCUUUGUGCAGUAGUGAGAGAGCGGGUAGAUUUUUGAAGGCAAGAAUUUGUCACAGUAGCCUUCUCCUGGGGGAAAAAAAAGAAAGAAAAGCCAGUCUCCUCUCAUUGAAAGAGUGUCUUGCUCAGGAUUAGGCAUGCUUUACUCUGUUAACGUUGUCUUCUGCAGUGCCAAAGGAACUGCGUAUUUUUUCUUUUUGCGUGAGUGAAACCUCUUGUCCAUUUGCACUUCAGAGAGCCAGUUUUGACGGUGGUUUGUUGGUUACUGCUGUUUUCCCCCGUUUGUCCAAAACAUACCAGAAAAUGGGUUGCUGUAAAUCACACAAUGAUUUAUUUUAGACCAGUCACUACUUCUCAGUCUAACUUAGUUGCGAAGGAGAGGCAUUAUUGGGGUGCUGUGAGUUUUCCAGACUGUGUGGCCAUGUUCCAGAAGCAUUCUUCACCCACAUUUAUGGUAGUCAUCGUCAGAGGUUGUGAGGUGUGUUGGAGACUAGGCAAGUGGGGUUUAUAUAUCUGUGGAAUGAUGUCCGGGGUGGGAGAAAGAACUCUUGUCUGUUGGAGUCAAGUGUGAAUGUUGCAGUUGGCCAUCUUGAUUAGCAUUGAAUAGCCUUGCAGCUUCAAGGCUUGGCUGCUUCCUGCCAGGGGAGGCUUUCCAAUGCUAAUCAAGGUGAUCAAGUGCAGCAUUCCCACUUGACAAGAAACAAUCAUGACCAGCUAAUCUCUCCCAACAAAGGAUUCCCCCAGACGGGAAGCAGCUAAGCUUUGAAGCUUCAAGACUUUUCAAUGCUAGUCAAGUUGGAGCAAUCACACUUGGCCUGAAGCAGACAAACGUUGAGGAAGGGGCGGACUGCCCUACUUUCCGGACAUUUCUGCAUUCCAUAGAUAGAUAAACCCUGCUUGCCUAGUUUCCAACAGACCUCACAACCUCUGAGGAUGCCUUCCAUAGCUGUGGGCAAAACAUCAGGAGAGAAUGCUUCUGGAACAUGGCCAUGCAGUCCAGAAAACUCAUAGCAACCCAGUAAUUCCAGUCAUGAAAGCCUUCAACAACACAUCACACCAGAAAAGCUGAAGAAAAGUUGCUAACAUCUGGAUUUAGCCGAGAUUAUGGCUGGAUUGUUGGACCGAUCCCUCUUCUGCUUUCCUGUGGAUUGAUUAUUGCUGGGCAGACAUGUCCAAGGCAAGUCAUGAAACUGGAUUUCUAAGAGAGACCAAGUUUGGCUUCAGCUCACCUACUCUACUUUAGUGUACCAUCUGCCAGAGUUCAUGUUGGGAGUCUUCCAAGCUCCUCCCCAAAAAAUGAUUUUUGGAAUAUCUGCAUCACUGAGGCUUCAAGCCCAGUGGAUAUCCGUAGCUGUGUUUUUAAAUAGCAUGUCCAGCUUGUAAAGAGUUUGGGAUUGUAACCGAUCACUCCAUCGGAAAUGCCGUACUAUCCGACGCAACUUUCUAAAUUGGACGAUGCUUGGAGCACAGCUUGGAAAAGUUGCUGCUUUGGGCGACAGGUCUCACUAUCCCUAAAGUGCAUGCCUCUUUCUCCUUCACAAGACCAUCUAGGUCAGGCAUGGGCAAACUUGGGCCUUCAAGGUGUUUUGGACUUCCAACUCCCACCAUUCCUACCAGCCUCAGGCCCCUUCCUUUUCCUUUUCACUUAAGCGGCUGAGGGGGGAAAGGAAGGGGCAUGAAGCUGUUAGGAAUGGUGGAAGUCCAAAACACCUGGAGGGCCCAAGCUGCCCAUGCUUGAUCUAGGUUCACAUUCAGCCGCUGGCACUUGUCUAAAUCAGCAGAUUAUGUGUUCUCUUGCUGAUCACUCCACAUGUUCUUCUUUCCUGGAAUUAUCCAGACUCUCUUCUCAUGAUUUAAAUAACCUUUUAUUAAGGCACUCAAAAGAGCAUUUUGUUGACCAAAGAUGAAUACAUGGUUGUACAUAAUGGAAUUUGCGCAUUAUUAUUAUUAUUAUUUUUAAAAAGACAGGGUAUCUCUUUUGUAAGAAGAGGCGAUAAAUGAUUCCGCAAAAGGGCAAUGGGAUACUAUUAAAAGAACUCACUGUCCCCUGUUCUAGCUCAGGAAAGAAA